AUGGACGCUCACGACCUGCACAAGGACGGCAACACUCAUUUCGCGUCUCAGGACCAGACUCAGCAUCGUCAAAAUGAUGCCAACCCUCUCAAAAGAUUCAACUUUCCAGGAGCGCACUCUGGAGCCCGCGACCCAACAAAGAAGAAGACUGCCAGCAAGAGGGUAUUUGGACUUGAUCCCGGUGUUGAAGAGAUUGAUUCUGUUGUGUUUCACGACCUUCACUGGUGGACAGCAGACAGGGACAUCAUUCAACUUCUGGAGCAUCUCAACAUUACCAUCACGGACAAAGACAUCAUGUUCAUGGAGCACAAGGUCAAUGGAAAAAGCAAAGGUCAAUGCGUGGUGGACUGUCACUCUAAGGAUCAGGCGCUGGUAGUGUAUGGCUGGAUGCAAAGCAAUGUUUUUCAAGGAAAGGCAGUCCUUACCACCUUGGCCGCUUCAAUUCUCGGUAACCCUUUUCACCCCAAUAACCAAGACUUGCCCGCUCCUCGUCCCCUGAGCUCAGCGAUCCACCAUACCAUGAAUCAAGCUACGAACUCUCACGGCGGCGUCAACUUCAACCGCGUGAACAAGACUUUGAGGAUGAACCAGGCUGGCCUUGGCAACGGCCAUCCCUCAGGCAUCAAGCACGGCCAUCACAGUCAUAUCCAGCCCCAGCACACUCCCCAGCAGGCGCAUCAACACCCACAUCAAUUUGGCAUGGCCGGCUAUCCUUCCCCUGGUCAGGCAUUGAUGAUGGGCAUGUUUCCAAUGGAUCCGAAUGUCAUGCCUUGGUCCCCCCAGGCAGAGUAUCUUUCAGACUAUAGUGAGUUUGGCCACGCGAGAUAA